AUGGAGGAAUUCACCUGCCUAGAUGAGUCCACGCAAAUUCUGCGUGUGCGCUUGACCCCGGACGGGCGCAUCGAGCCGGUGAGGGCAGAGGAGCCGGGUGUUUUCCCAGGGCUUUUCCAGGCCGGCGGAGCAGGGCGCCAAGAACCAGGCGCUGGCGUGCUCGAGUUGCAGGUGCCAGGCACCAACCUGGCGGAGCAGGCCACGUUCUCGGGGAAGAUGCUGCUGCGGGUCUUCUCGGAGGACACCCCGGCGGCGGAGCCCACGGUGCGGCGCUGCAGUGCCGCGGAGGUCUUGGAGCACGUGCUGGGCGUUCUGAAGACAGGCGCGGAGUCCGUGAACCUGGUCUUGGGCUACGAGAUGCUGCAGCUCAAGUACGACAAGAUGGACGUGGUCAACGAGGCGGAGCACCGCACCAGGCCAUGGAUUGUGACCCACUAUGCCUGGGGCCCGGUCCGGCACUUCCGCCUGUGGCCGGAGCCGGAUCCUCUUCAGAAGCACUUCGACAUGAUGGCCAGCAGCAAGAGGAACGCGGAGCACGUCCAGCAGCAGAUCCUGCACAAGCUGCGGCGUGCCUCCACUCCGCCACAGGAGGUGGAACGCUUCCUGGAAAGCACCGGUGGCGAGGGAUCGGACAAGGUGGAUGUGGAGGUCCCCUCAGCCUACAAAGGCAUCAUCAUCGGCAGAGGUGGGGAGAAGGUGAAGGAACUGCGACAAAAGUUCCAGGUCACUGUCGAAUUUCCGCCCGGGGACACCGGGGAGCCCGUGAAUGUCUGGGGCAAGGAGGAGCAGAAUUGCAGGGACUGCGCUGAGGAGAUCAGGGCCUUGAUGGAGAGCCACAGCCUUCGGCCGAAGACAAAGCCCAGAGCCAGGCAGGCCCACGGCGCCGCUGCCGCUCCGCAUCCCAAGCGAUGCGACCUCUGCGAGGCCGGGAUCAGUUCCUUGCGUGGCGCGCUGCAGCAUUUGCGCGGCUCCAAACACCUGCAAAAGCUGUGCGAGGGGCGGCCUCAAGUGGUCAAGCUUUUGCGUCCAAAAGGAGGAGAUGACGGGGAGGGGCAGAAGAAAGAGGAGGAGAAAGAGGAGGAGGGGCAGAAGAAAGAGGAGGAGAAAGAGGAGGAGGGCUCUGUCUGCGUCCCGCCAGGGGGCUGUUGCUUCUCAGCUCUGGAGGAGCUGCUCAGAAUGCCGGACAUUCGGGUGUUGCACGAGGAGCUGGGAUUCAGAGCAGGUGCCCUCCUCUCGGCCAUCCCCCUCGAGCAGCAGAGGGAGGAGCGGCUGAGGUUGCUGGCAGCAGAGGUGGCCACGUUCAGUGCGGAUGCGGCCUGGCUGCGGGUCAGGUCCCGCAUGCUGAUCCGCUGGGAUGAUGUGGCAACGAAGGACACCCGGAGGACUCCCAGGACGACUGCUCCCAGCCUUUUCGACAUGAUGGACCGCAUCGCAUUGGGCGCACCGCCACAAGCGCGGGUCCCUUCACUGCCUGCGCCGCUGCCUGGUGUGGACCCAAAGCAUCACACGAAGAAUGCCAACAGAGGUCUCCAGAAGUACCCGGAGGAGCCUGGUAGCGGCAGACUGGGCCUCGCACUUAUGCAGAAGCUCGGCUGGAAUGAAUCCUUCGACUUUGUCUGCGGGACGUCUUUCAUCAAAGCGUUGGCAGGUGACAGCACCAGGCUGAAGGACGCAUAUUACCUGCAGCGCUUCAAUGACACUGUGUGCGUCUUGCACAUCCGGUCGCAUUUUCACAGCCAGAAUGAGGCUGGCCACGCGGUGGAGCGGCUGCUGUGCGGUGCAGCUCCAAGCUACUGCUUGGCAGCCACAUCGCUUUCAGUGGGCGACACCACCUUCCUGGUGACCAGCGAGGUGGAUGCAACUGACGCGGCGGGAGACUUGGUGGAGCUGAAAAGCUCGAAGCACGGACAGGGCUUCAUGUCCGCGGCCAACGUGCUGCAGAUCACCAUCAACGGGUCCCAAACAGUGUGGGGCUGCUGUCUGGAUGAAGACUCCACCCGGCUGCUGGAGGUUCGGCGCUUCAGCGCGGAGGAGGCGCGGCUAAAGCACGCGCAGAGCUAUGUGAGCCAGGGCCAGCACUUCCGCCUGCUGCUGGGCAAGGUGCGAGACCACCUGAGGGAAAGCGAGGAGCAACAAUCGCUGGUGUGGAAGCUCACCUUUGAUGAUUGUAAGCUCCCGCUCUGGCAUGUGGCGGACGUGCAGGUCCUGCCAGACGGCCUGCUGAAUGAUGGCACGUUCAGCAACGACCAGAGGCUUCUGGGUACAGGAGACAGACGAGUCCUUCCAGCCGCUGGACGGCAAUGUGGCGACGGAAGUCAAGGGCAGGAAGUUCGCCCCACAGCCGCCGAAGGGGACCCACAUCGACACGGUGGACCGGAUUCUGAAGGCCCUGGUGCGGCAGCUGCAGGCUUUGGCCUCCGAGGUGGCCAACUGGCAGCUGCUCAUCGACUGGGAGCCUCGCUUUGCCAAGAGCAUCAAAGAGUGUCUGCACGAGGCUCAGCGCAUGCGGAUGAUGGGGGACGAGGCGGGGCACGUGCGGUUCUGCCUGAAGACGGUGGAUUUGAUGGAGAAGAUGACGCUGGACCAGCGACUGGGCACCACCAAGCUGAACAACACCGCGCCUCGGUCAUGGCCAACAAGCAGAUCGCAGACGACAUGUUUUUUACCUUUCAGCAAGGGGGGAUGCCCAGAGAUCGCUUCGAGAAGACGCUGGAGCAGCACUGCAAGCGAGUGAUCGCCAUGGUGGAGCACACCCUUCUUCCUAUGGCCGAGCACAACAAGGACUUGGAACGUCAAGCCAUGUGCCUACGGCAGAAGGCAGACUAUUUGCGUUACAUGUACUUCUGGCUUCCUCGUGCCCGGCAACACGGGGACGAGAUCGAGCAGAUCUACCGCAGGGCCACGGACUUGUGCCAGCGCCUGCACCCCCGCCACGUCAUCGGCAGCUCCGUGUUCGUGAACCUGGCCUCCUUCUACGCGGAGUGCCAGCGCGACAUGGAGCGGGCGGCGGAGGCCUGCCGCCUGGGUCGCACCUGGGGCCGCCGCCCCACAGAUCAUCUGCCCACCCCUGGUGAAACCUUCGGCUUUACGCUGCUGGAGAAGAACCUCGAGGCCCUGGAGAGUCAGCUGCUGUUGCUGGAGCUAUCCUUUGACCAAGAGAAGCUCGACCAGCACAAGGAGGCGCUGGGCAGCCGCUGGGAGGAGGAAGAGGAGGUGCGGGAGGAGUUGCUGAGUCCGAUGUCGCCAGCUUUGUCGCCGGACAUGGCUCCCAGUAUCGAUGUGGAUCGCUUCGACCGCGACAACUGUCUGUCCGAUUGGGAUCGAGCGCGGCUGUUUGCUGCCAACUUCGCCAAAGAGACUGCCGGGAUUUGCCUGGAUCGGUCCUGGGAUCCAGCGCCAAAAGUCUCAGGGACCUCAGCUCGCAAGCCGUCCAAAGCGAAGCCGAGCAUUGUGCAGCAGGCCUUUGAAACUGUCACCAGGACGGGCCUUUCAUUGUCGCCUGAGCAGCGGAAGGAAUGCAAAGCUGUGCGGCGCUGGUUGAGCGCUAUGCCGUGCCAUCAUCACAUGGAUGAGGAUGAGGACGACAUAGCCAGCGACAUUAUCCAGGUGCGGUGGCUGGACGAAGUGGAGGUCACUGUUCUCAGCUUCGCAGACAGGGGAAGGCAGAAAGUGGAGAAGUACUCGAAGGCCUGCAAAUUGAACUACGUCAGCUUGGGCCCCCUGCCCGUGGAUGAGGAGCUCGAGGAAGCGCUGCUGAAGGAAGGCAUGAGCAGCAACAGCACUCUGCACCAUUUUGAACACAUUGUGAAGCAAGUGCUGAUGCCUUCCAACGACGCUUUGGCCCUUGGAGUCGAGAAAUAUCUGGAGAACGCCGAGAGGCCCACCUUCGGGCUGGUGUCGAUGCCUUUUGGCCUCGUGGGGCGACUUCUCGAGCAACGCGGCGUGGACUUCGCGGUGAACAUUCCAACGAUCUUGGUUCCACCGGUACCGUGGGCUGCGGCUUAUGUUCCGGUGCCCUUUGUUCUGGACGUGAGCGUGCAUGACAUGAGCUUCCUGGAAAGGAUGCUGGUGAUUGGGAGCAACUGGCUCUUCAACCUGGUCCGCGUGGCCGCCCUGACCGCGGGCUAUCGCUUCUCCUUCAUGCCGGAGUUGGGCUGGGACAUGUGGAUGGGGCGCCUGGUCUUCGUGAACACCAUCCCGGGCAUGGACUACACGCAGCCGCUGCCGCCCCUGGUGCAGUACCCGGGGCCGGUGGUGGACGUGAAGAAGAUGGAGCCCUUCCCUGAGGACGUGGAGCGGUGGUUGGAGGAGGUUCCGGCGAACACGCCCGUGGUGUACGUCAGCUUCGGCACCGUGGUGUCUCUCUCGCCCGACCGCGCCAGGGCGAUGCUGUCGACGUUGACCUCCUCAGAGUAUUACAUCCUCUGGGCGCUGCCAAAGUCCCAGCAGGUGGGCCUGCCGGAGACUUUGCCCAGCGUGAAGGUCCACCACUGGGUGCCCGCCACGCGCUUGGCGCACCCCAAGGUGAAGGCCUUCGUGUCCCACUGCGGCGGCAACUCUGCGGCCGAGUCCAUGGCGCUGGCCGUGCCGAUGGUCGGCUACCCCCAGUUCGGGGACCAGCCCGCCGUGUGCCGCCGCAUCGCCGACGCGGGCGCGGGCAUCACCGGCCCGCAGGGCGGCUCCGAACAGAGUCCUACGCCCGGAAGGCCGAAGCCAUGUCCCGGCUCUUCACGCGGUUCGGGGGCGUGUCACGGGCAGCUGACCUCAUGGAGCUGGGGGCCAGGGGGGACCACAAGCUGCUGCAGAUGCCGCAGGAGCGCUCAGCGACCACCUGGUUCCUCCUGGGAGGCUAUGAUUUGA